UUCCGCCGCGUCUCCUUAUCGGCCAUUUUUUUUAUUUAACUCUUUCAUGAAAAGUUAUGUAAACACAACAAAGCUACUAAAGCUUUUGAUGGUCACCUUCGCCAAAAACACAUCAUAUGUAUGAUCGCUAAAUGUGAUAUUUAAAAACAGGUGUCGGAAGAGGACGAGCCCAGGACCUGGGCUGCACUGGGAAUACUGAGAACAACCUGCGACAGCGUUAUCAGGAAAACAUGAGGAAAAAGCAGAAUGUGAAAAACAGGAAGGCAGAAGAGCCUACAGUAGUGCAAGAGUUUGCUGUGGAAAAAAUAAUUCAUCGGAGAGUCAACGAUGGAAAAGUGGAAUACUAUCUGAAGUGGAAAGGCUUCACAGAUGCUGAAAACACUUGGGAGCCAGAAGACAACUUGGACUGCCCAGAACUGAUUGAAGAGUUUCUCAGAAACUUGGAUGUCUCAGGUGAAACAGAAAGAAAGGUCAAUAUCCCUCUGGAUCCUGUUAUUCAACCCAAAGAAGAACAGACAGAGCUGGAUGCUAACAUUCAGCAUCAGCAACACACUGAGAAAAAGCAGACCGUGUGUGAGACUGGGGAAUCUGCAGAUCACAACACUGAGACCACCAACGACCAACCUCUUAUCCAAGAACCAGAACGCAUCAUUGGCUCAACCGACCGACAAGGAGAGCUCAUGUUCCUCAUCAAAUGGAAAGACACAAAUGAUGUGGUGCUGCUGUCAGCCAGGGAAGCCAGUGUAAAAUGGCCCAAGAUGGUCAUUGGCUUCUAUGAGGACAAGCUAAGCUGGCACGAAGAGGAGGAACAGUGAGAACGAACUGAAAACAACAUCUUGGCAGCUUUAAAUGUUUCCUCUCAAUCAUGUCCAAUGGAUUUUCCUGUUGUGAAAGGUCAUGUUGUGAAAGUGUGUAAAUUCCCAGACACUGUGAAACAUGUCAUAGCACACUGAACUCCACUGUAGGGUGAUAUGUUUUAACAAGUCAAUCAAAUGAUCUAGAUUAAUGAAUAAAUGGUUGGAUAAUCAGUGCUGUAUUGAACUGUAGGUCUGUUUAAAGUGUUACCUUAUUGCUGUACAGUCUUUCAAAUUUGACUUGAAUUGAAAAAGAGGCCAAUGGCGGUGUCAUCCAUUGCUAUAUACUAAUGAGAAAUUGUCUAGGAUUAAUCACUGUUACUGUUGGACUCUGUAUAGCUGUUUUAGCACUUCUACUGUGAUUAAGACCAGUGAUCUGUGAAAUUUGUAGUUUUGUUCAUUUGCACAAAGAAAUACAAAUGUAGCAUUUAAAAUUGUUUCUUUAAAAGCACUAAUAGCACAGUGUGCUAUUUUAUUACAUCUCAGCCAGCGCAGUGCAUUGUGUUGCGAAAUGUACAUUCAUGGACUUUUUAUGGUUUAUUAGUGGGUUUUAAAGAGGAUCCAGAAACUCUUGUUGGCUUAAUAAAUGUCAGAUUAACUUGAGAAA